AAUACACAUUAACUCUAUUGACGUGUAGUUUAUUUCAUUUAAUCACAACUCAAUUGUUUUAAUGACUUAACAAUUGGCCAAACAUUGAUUGCAUUUGAAUGUCAUUUGAGACUAAUUUGUAUUAGUCUUCCAGUGCUGUACAGUUUGUUACCAUUCCAGUGAUAAUAACCACGAGAUAUCUGUAAAAUAUGGAUCAGUUCACACUUCUCAUGCUAUUGUCGUUUUCCAUGCUUUUCGGCAGUUAUUUCUCGGGAACCAUUCCUCUGGUGUUCACAUUCUCUGAGGACAAACUGCGACUCUUAAGCGUUUUAGGGUCCGGGAUAUUGGUUGGAACCGCUCUCAGCGUUAUAUUACCAGAAGGUGUGAACACGUUAUACACCUCAUCCCAUGAAUUUCAUUCACAUCUGAAGACAAUUUCAACGCAAAAGACCACAAACGAGACGACGAAGAGUGAAGACAAUCCUCAUUCAGUCAUUGUUCUCCAUCUGAAGACAAUUUCAACGCAAAAGACUACAAACGAGACGACGAAGAGUGAAGACAAUCCUCAUUCAGUCAUUGGUCUGACUCUAGUCAUCGGAUUCGUCUUAAUGUUAUUAAUCGAUCAGUUCUCCAAUCGACAUACCGGUGCCAACUCAUACUCAGUCGCUCUCCAAAGUGAUUCCGCAGAGAAUGGCGAAAGUCUGUCCACUUGUGUGCCGAAGCGGUCGUCCAAAAUGACGGCAACCAUUGGUCUAGUGGUUCAUUCGGCCGCGGACGGCAUAGCAUUGGGUGCGGCGGCCACGACAUCGCAUACCGACGUUGAGAUGAUAGUGUUUUUGGCGAUUAUGUUGCAUAAGGCGCCGGCAGCCUUUGGUUUAGUAACGUUCCUAAUGCAUGAGGGGGUCGAGAGGUCACGUCUUCGCAAGCAUUUGUUAGCCUUCGCAUUGAGUGCACCCAUCGCUGCGUUCAUCACAUUCUUCGGCAUAAGUCAGGGCACCAAAGAAGCCCUUUCCGACUACAACGCAACCGGAAUCGCAAUGUUGUUCAGCGCCGGUACUUUCCUAUACGUGGCCACUGUUCAUGUCUUACCAGAGAUCACACAACACCAACACUUGAACCUCAAGGAACUGUUGGCAUUAGUGGGCGGAACGUUCAUACCGUCGCUGCUGACUGUGAAACACCACCACUGAUAGCACUCAUA